UUGACCGUAGUAAUCCCUUAGUUCUUCUCUGAGUCUGAACCCACAGCCUGAACCUAGGUACUCACACUUGACUACACAAUCUUCUAAACUUGUUUCAGUCCUUUCAAAUAACGGCUCAUGAAUGGAUCUACAUAGGACUAAAAUUCAAAUCAAUCUAAACCCGCCAGGGAUGAAUGGUUUUGAAUUUAACAUGAUCUGUAAGAAAGAACCUGUUAAUGAGAACCACCCUGGAGCUUUAAUCCAGGAUCCUGCUUUCUGUGAAAUUGGAUCCAGGUGUAAGGAUGAGAAGGAGAUUAAGGUGGAGGUGGAAGAUCCGCUGCAACUUUCCAGGACUGAUAUCAGGAAGGAGCCUGAAGAACAAACGUUUCCAGGUUUGCGGGUAAAACCAGCUAGGAAACGUGUUCCCAUACCUAGAUGCUAUAAUUGUGACAAAUGCAGAUUUUUGACAAGAAACUUCACAGAUCUGAAGUAUCACAUGAUAAUUGUUCACAAAGUUUUCCUAAAACUGAUAAAUGAAUCUGAUAAGGAGAAUAAUAGUUUCUCGUCGCAUCCUAUUAAUUUCCCAACUUUCCAGCUCCAUGCACUCGCUGCACUCACGACACGUGAGGAACCGUACACCGUUCAUAAACCUGGAAACACCUCUACCAUUGAUUUAAAGCCUAAACUGGAAAAAAUCAUGAAACCGGCGGAGCCAAACAUAAGGAAACCCGAUUUUCGUUGCAAGAAAUGUACCGUUAUCUGUCAAACCUCUCAGGUUUUGAUGGAGUUAAAACAUCAUUUGAUGUUUGUUCACAAUCUCUCCUGCUUCUCCUGUGAUCGAUGCAGUUUUGUUGCAUUACACAAUUCCACCUUGUAUAGCCACAUGAAGAGCAAGCAUCUUGGUGUCCGCUAUCCAUGUGAUGAGUGUGACUAUCUGGCGACAUCACUCUGUCAUAUAAAGAGGCACAAGCUGAAUAUUCACAAUGGGAGUCGAUAUCCCUGUAAUAUAUGUGAAUAUAUUGCUAAGGAUACAUCAAACCUGAGACGACACGUCAGAAAAGUCCACAAAGUUGAGCCGUGAAAACUAUAAUGUUUAUACUGUCACAGUUUUUAAACAUUUGAUUUCUAUUUUUUGUUUUCUACAUAUUUUAUUAAAAGAAUAAAUUAUUGUUACUAGAAUAAAAGUACAAUACUUUUUUAACCGUGUUAACAUAGAUGAAAUAGUUGGUUGAAAUAAAUGUUAAUAUUAUUA